UCAUAUGAUUUUACUAAUAAUUACUUAAUAACAUCUUCAUCGCCUUUAUAAAUUUCAGAAAUUACAAUUUUAUCACAGCUAAUGAACAAUUGAUAAAAAAAACACUCAACAGUUCAAGAGUGGUUUAAUUUUUAUUAUACUAGUUACCUGUAUAUAAAAUUAUAAACCGAAUUAGAUUUAUGCUUGCAUUUUAGUGCUUAUAGCCAAUGAGACACCUUAAUGUCCUUCUUGACAUAGCAUAUAAUAUUGCAAUUGUAUCUAUUAAUAUUAUUAUUAUUAUUAUAUAAAAAUACACAUUAUAUUUAAAUCAACGAUUAGACAUAAAUUUUAGUUAUGUGUGUCAUAUUCAUAAGUAGUGUACAACACAUAAAAAAUGGAUACCGUUUGGUUAUUGCUUCCAACCGAGACGAAUAUUAUAAUCGUCAGACAUUACCAGCAAACUAUUGGUUAGAGGACCAGAACAUCAUUGGAGGACGCGAUUUGAUGUCUUCAAAUGAGGGUGGCGCUUGGUUAGCUUUAAACAUUCGUGGUAAGUUGGCAGCUUUAUUGAAUGUGUUUGAAUUAGAUAAAAGACCAAAUGCUAUAUCUAGAGGUCAUCUGGUUAAAAACUUUGUGAAAGGCAGUACUUCAUCUCUAGAAUAUUUGCAAGAAUUGCAAAGAUCACAAGAUGUGUAUAAUGGAUUUAAACUAAUUACUAUUAGCAUAAGCAAGUUAUCUUUAGAAACACAUUUGUUUACCAAUUUUGUACAAGAUGGAGGACCAGCCUUAAAGCACAUACAAAAUGGUGUACAUGGAUUUGGAAAUGGACCUUUUUUAAAAGUGGCUGAAGGAGAGAAACUUUUCAAUGACAUUGUUAAGAAAUAUGGACAUAGUUAUCAUAAGGAUACACUAGUUAAAGAAUUGCUAGGAUUUUUAAAAUGGGAUAAGCUACAUUAUCCUGAUGAUGAGUUGAUUAAACGGACUCCAAAAUAUCCUGGAACUGAUGACCAGAAGAAAUUUAGUUCCAUUUUUGUAGAAAUGCCAACUCGUCAGUAUGGAACUCGAACACACACAAUAAUACUAAUAGAUUAUGAUGGAAAAGUAGAGUAUAAUGAAUGGACUAAGUCUGGUUCGAUUUGGAAUCAUCAAUGUUACACAACUACAUUAAAAUCUGAAAUAUAGAAUAUGUACUAUACAUUGGUUUGUAUAUUCUUUAGAACAAAAAAUGUAAAAGUAAUUUCCAGUUUAAAAUGUUUUUAAAUUUAAAUUCUAUAUAUUAUUUUACUGCAGGGGUGGACUGGGAUUAAAAUUGUCACUGGGAUUUAGAAUUAGAGUGGCCACAUCUAUAUACUUAUUGAUUGCACAUAAAAAACUAUUUUUUAUUUAAUUUUGGCAACAACGACCACUGGCUCACUGGGAAAUUUCCCGGCGUCCCGGUGGGCCAGUCCGCCCCUGUUUUACUGUGUAGGUAGGUAAUCCCCAUAUUUACAAUGAUAAACUAAUAGUAAUAAAUGAUAUGUAAUAUUAUCUAAAUUUUGCAGUCCUUUUGGCCUAUAUAUUGAAUUGACCCAAUGUGCUACAAUAGACUAUACUUUGUUCACUAAGAGAAUAGUUCCAUUUCACAUAUAAGACUAAUGGAAAUUACUUGUCCUUACUCUCGAGCAAAUGGUGGUAAUAGGUGAGCCCAGCUAUUUUGUAUUGUAGUGGUAAAAAUAACGAGUUUUCGUCCACUGCGCAGUACUAUUCUCUCAGUGAAUAGAGUGUAGCAAACAAAUGUCCAACCCAGUAGAAUAGCAGUUUUAAUUGACCUAAUUAUAAGUGGACUAAAUCAUUUUUUUUAAAUCUCAAAUCAAUAUUAUAAAUUAUUAUAGAAUACAUAGCAUGUACUAUUCAAAUAAAUUAGGUUAUUAGAUAUACAGAGUGUACCAGGACUAUUUAACAAAUAUAGUAACAUUUGUAAUAGAAGUUUUUUAAAUAGUCUUGUUUCAACCUUAUAUAGUAUGAUGUAUAUUUUAUAUGCCUACCUAUAUUUAAUUUUUAACUAAUCAGUAAUCUAAUUUAUCAAUUCAUUUGUUUAUUGAAUAAACUAAUUUAUCCAUGAGUUUUUAAAAUUUCUACUAGGUAUUUAUACGAACUUAUUAUAUUGAAAAUGUUUGAACUGAGGCUUAUUAGAUCUAUUCCCACUAUCACACACAACUGCCCAGUCCGCCUCUGCUAGCACAAUUAGCUAUUAUUAUACAUAUUGAAGUUUAAUUUAAACUGAAAAUGUAAUUAUUUCUGUGUUUUUAAAGUAUUUUAAUAGGAUAUAUUUUUUUAAGUAUAUAAUAGUAAUACAUUAACAAUAUAUUAACAUAGUUUCACAAGUUAUUUAAACUAUUUUAAAAAUAACUUUAUUCUAGUUUGAUUAUUGAUUUUGCCAUUUAAAAAUAGUAAAAAUUACACAUUGCAUAA